UGAGCUGAGAAGCAGAGCUCUCUCCUCAUUCUCCAGACUUCACCAUGAGACUCAGAGACGGCUGUCUUCUGCUGGGAGUCCUGCUGCUCCUCACACACACCUCACACCAGCAGAACACUCCCAAAAAGAAACCCAACACUAAAAAAGACUCAGAUACUCGAGCCAGCGCUGCUUUGGAGGACCUGCAACAGCAGAUCAAUGACAUUGUGGUGGAGCUGAAUCUUCUAAAGGAGCAGCAGGCCCUGCAGACUGUCUGUCUGAAAGGCACGAAGAUCCCUGGUAAGUGUUUUCUGGUGGACACCGUGAAAAAGCGCUACCACACGGCCAAUGAAGACUGCAUCGCCAAGGGAGGAAUCCUCAGCACUCCGCUGUCUUCUGACGAAAACAGGCAACUCUACGAUUAUGUGCGCCAGACCAUCGGCCCAGACGCUGAAAUCUGGCUGGGCAUCAAUGACAUGCAGAAGGAGGGUGUUUGGAGGGACCAGGCCGGCUCAAACAUCCGCUACAAGAACUGGAAGCUCCCGCAGCCUGACGGCAGCAGCGCAGAAAACUGCGCUGUACUCGCCGGCGCUUCCGGUGGGAAGUGGCUGGACGACAAUUGUCGCGAGGAGAGAGCGUCCGUCUGCGAGUUCAACAUCGUCUGAGAUCAUCCAGCGCACAAGUUUGCUUGGCCUUAGCUGUCCUUUUAAUUGCACAAUCCUGCUUGCAUUGUGUUUGCGCCGUAAUUGUAUGUUUUUCUUUUGAGGGGAACAAAGAUUGUCAUUUUACUCCAUAAAAAUGUUCAGAUACCAAAGCUGAUCUAUAAUCAAAGACUGAAAACUGUAAUAGACAUUUUUGGACAGUCUCCAUUAAGAUCUAGCCAAAAACACAAACUAAACAAACGCAUUAAAAAAAAUGAAAAUUUACUGACCCUCAGGCCAUCCAAACAUCACAAUAAUCCACACUGGAUUUAAAGUCUUGUGAAGAGAAAAACUAAUCAAUCAUAAAGGUGUUUUAACUUCAAACCGUUGCUUUUGGCUAAAGUAGAUGAUCCAUAUUAACGCUUCCUCCCUGUUGUCCUUUCACAUCAAAAACAAACCAACAUAUGGUCAUACUUUAUAUUAGGUGGCCUUAACUACUAUGUACUUAAAUAAAAAAAUAAGUACAAUGUACUUAUUGUGUUCAUAUUGUAUUGCAAAACACUUUAGCUGCUAUUGAAGUGGGAUAUGUGUAAGGUUAGGGACAGGUUGGGUAGGUUUAAGGGUGGGUUAAGCUGUAAGGGAGGGGUCAACAGUGUCAUUAUAAAUUUAAUUGCAGAAAUUAAUUACAGAUGAAAUUACAUAUGUGUAUUUUUUAAAAAUAUAAGUACAAUGUAAAAACAUGCAUGUACACAAUAAAUGCAUUGUACCAAAUAAUUAAUUUAAAUGUAAGUACAUAGCAGUUAAGGCCACCUAAUAUAAAGU